UGGAGGAGCAUCUUGUUCUGUCUUCAAAGUCAGGGGAGUCAUGGCGCUUCACGCUGUCUUGCUCGGAGCGAUCUUACUUUGCGGAUUCCACCAAAGCCUGGCGGCCAGCAGCACGUGCGACGUCUACGCCGCGGUCGGAGAAGAUGUGGUUUUAGCGCUGAAUUAUACGCAGCUGGGCAGAACUGACCUGCUGUCAUGGACUCAGGAUAGCGUCCCGGUGUUCGUCAGAGACCACAGAGGAGUGCGUAUCGGGAAGCCACAAGACGUCUCUUUAAGUGGCUCUCUUUGGCUGAAUAACCUUAAACUCUCCAGUUCUGGCUUGUACGAGGGAAAGAAGUCCUACGCAAACGGUACCCUGCUGACAUUGUGGAGCGGUCGCCUAUGUGUGAUGGACAAGGUGUCCAAACCUCUCCUGAGGUACGUCUGUGACCACAAGUUUGGUUUUCUGAAUCUAAGCUGCCACGUGGCUACAGCACAGGAUUUACAAUUCUCAUGGAUCCUGAAUGGUUUUAGGAUAGCUGAUGCAAGGCAGCAAACUCUGAACAUGUCACUGCUAAAAAAUGCCGAUUGGGAUUUGACGUGUUUGGCGGAAAACAAGGUCAGCGCCAGGGAAAGUGACGCCGUCAGUCUGUCAGCCUGUCGAAAUCCACCAACGCAGGUUUUGCUUUGUUUCGCAUCCAAGACGGUCUUCGCCGUGUUGGCGGGGGCAGCGGCUCUCCUUCUCAUCCUGCUCGUGGUCUUCAUCGUAUUGUGUCACCAUCACAGACGAAGACGCCGCCACAACGCCAUCGGCAACAAACGGGAGCUCAGGAUGCUUUCCAUAAAACAGCACGAGUCCGUCAGUUCCGAGUAUGAAAUCAUGAACGUCCCUUCGGGCCCGGUUCCGGAGCCUCUGCCCAGAACUCGUCACCUGAGCGUUUCCGAAGCUGAAGGUCGGCUUGAAAGCAGCCUGUUGCAGCCGGACGACACUGCUGACAGACAACCCUCGCCGGUGCCAAAGCCAAGGACCAAGAGCCCCCAGACUCAGAACUAAAUCUGCGGCCUGCUAUGACAGAACACUGGAACUUGCUUUUUCUCCUGGUUUUUAGUCCGAUGGUCUCCUCGUGGUUAUGAACAUCCUGUGCCUGACUGUGUGUCAAAACAUGUGUAAUUCUUCCGACAAAUACACCACACGAUGGCGCUGUUAUUAAACCCCAAAGUUUCACCCCCCAUUUGUCGGAUGGACUCAAAAUUUCACACACAGCUCAAUGUCGCUGAAUCACCACAAAAUGUGGGACACAUCUUUAGGGGACUGAAAGAUGAGCAACAAAACUAUGGCCGCCAUCAAGCAAAACGUUUUUGAAUAGCAUGAGCUACACCAGGGGUCCCCAAAAUCUGGCCCGCGGGAAGUCCAUCCAUCCAUCCAUCCAUUUUCUACCGCUUGUCCAUCUCAGCUGUCCCAAGUAUGUGUAUAUAUGUAUGUAUGUGUAUGUAUAUAUACUGUAUAUAUGUAUGUGUGUAUAUAUAUAUAUUAGGGCUGUGAAUCUUUGGGUGUCCCACGAUUCGAUUCAAUAUCGAUUCUUGGGGUCACGAUUCGAUUCAAAAUCGAUUUUUUUUUUUUCAAUUCAACAUGAUUCUCGAUUCAAAAACGAUUUUUUUUCCCGAUUCAAAAGGAUUCUCUAUUCAUUCAAUACAUAGAUUUCAGCAGGAUCUACCCCAGUCUGCUGACAUGCAAGCAGAGUAGAUUUUUGUAAAAAGCUUUUAUAAUUGUAAAGGACAAUGUUUUAUCAACUGAUUGCAAUAAUGUAAAUUUGUUUUAACUAUUAAAUGAACCAAAAAUAUGACUUAUUUUAUCUUUGUGAAAAUAUUGGACACAGUGUGUUGUCAAGCUUAUGAGAUGCGAUGCAAGUGUAAGCCACUGUGACACUAUUGUUCUUUUUUUCUUAAUUUUCUAAAUGUCUAAUGAUAAUGUCAAUUAGGGAUUUUUAAUCACUACUAUGUUGAAAUUGUAACUAAUAUUGAUACUGUUGCUGAUAAUAUUCAUUUUUGUUUCACUACUUUUGGUUUGUUCUGUGUCGUGUUUGUGUCUCCUCUCAAUUGCUCUGUUUAUUGCAGUUCUGAGUGUUGCUGGGUCGGGUUUGGUUUUGGAAUUGGAUUGCAUUGUUAUGGUAUUGCUGUGUAUUGUUUUGUUGGAUUGAUUAAUUAAAAAAUCAAAAAUCAAAAUAAAAAAUAAAAAUUAUAAAAAAAAUUUAAAAAAUAAAUGUUUUAAAAAUGAGAAUCGAUUCUGAAUCGCACAACGUGAGAAUCGCGAUUCGAAUUCGAAUCGAUUUUUUCC